AUGCCCUUGGUAGACGACGGCUUCGAGGCCCUUCUGGAGCCCUUCUACAACGGCAAGAAGUUGAACGAUCCCAUUUCUACCAAGGAUGACAAAUUCCAGCUGCUCCCGGCGUUCUUGAAAGUCAAGGGUCUCGUGAAGCAGCACAUUGACUCGUAUAACUUUUUCGUGGAGCAGGAGAUCAAGGAAAUCGUGCGCGCUAACCGCACGAUCCGCAGCGAUGUCGACAGCAAUUUUUGGUUGGAGUUUACCGACAUUCGCGUCGAUCGCCCUCGCAGACAAGACCACAAUGAGGGCAAGACCACCCGCCCAGUCUCCCCCAUGGAGUGCCGCCUCCGAGACAUGACCUACGCGGCCCCGAUCCUGGUCGAUGUUGUAUACAUUCGUGAUAAGCAGAAGAUCAUCAGGAGAAACGUACCGCUUGGGCGUAUGCCCGUUAUGCUUCGCAGUUCCAAGUGCCGACUCAGUGGCGCGAACAACGACACGAUGGAGCAGAUGAACGAGUGCCCGCUUGACCCUGGCGGCUACUUCAUCAUUGGUGGAACCGAAAAGGUCAUUUUGAUCCAAGAGCAGUUGAGCAAGAAUCGUGUCAUUGUGGAAGCAGAUGAGAAGAACAAUAUCAUUUCCGCGUCCGUCACCAGUUCGACCCACGAGCGAAAGUCGAAAACAUACGUCACACAAAAGAAGGACAAGAUUUCCCUGACACACAACGUCUUGGUGGAGGGCAUCCCCAUUGUCAUUGUGCUCAAAGCACUGGGAGGGCUGUCGGAUCUCGAGAUCAUGCAGCUGGUCGCGGGCUCUGACGGUCGAUACCAGGACGAGUUCCUCAUCAACUUUGACGAAGCUACCAAAGCGCAGGUAUUCACCCAGCAUCAAGCUCUUGAGUACAUUGGGGCGAGGGUCAAGAUGGGAUCAAAGAAGGCACAGUUCGGACCCCAGGUUCGAAGGAAUAACGUCGAGGAGGGACUCGACGCCCUGGCAAACCUGGUCAUCGCCCAUGUACCUAUUGAGGGCUUGGACUUCUACCCCAAGGCCAUCUAUGUUGCCAUGAUGACCAGGAGGGUCCUGGUCGCCGCGCACGACCCCAAGUUGGUCGAUGACCGCGAUUUUGUGGGCAACAAGCGUCUCGAACUGGCUGGACAGCUCCUGUCACUUCUUUUCGAGGAUCUGUUCAAGCGCUUCACCGUGGAAGUGAAGAUGUCCAUCGACAAGUUCCUUAAGAAGAACAACCGCGCGGUACCGUUGGAUGCUGUCCACAUGAUCAGCAACCAUGCCAACAACAUCGGCAUGGGGAUCAACCGCGCUAUCCAGACCGGAAACUGGAAUGUCAAACGUUUCAACAUGAACCGUGCUGGUGUCACGCACGUUCUCAGUCGACUCAGUUACAUCAGUGCUCUGGGCAUGAUGACCCGUAUCAGCAGUCAGUUCGAGAAGACGCGAAAAGUCAGUGGUCCUCGUGCUUUACAGCCAUCACAAUGGGGUAUGCUGUGCCCGUCCGAUACUCCUGAAGGUGAAGCCUGUGGUCUCGUCAAAAACUUGGCCUUGAUGACGCACAUCACCACCAACGUGGAAGAGGGGCCUGUGAAGAGAUGGAUCUUCACACUCGACCCUGGCGUGGAACCCAUCAGGAACUUUUCCGGUGCUGAGAUGCAUCGCGAAGGGAGCUUCAUCAUUCACGUCAACGGUACACCGUUUGCCCUGACGCGAUACCCCAAACGGUUUGCCAACAGGUUCCGAACCAUGCGACGGAGAGGCUGGAUGUCACCUUUUGUCAGUAUCAACAUCAACACCCAUUUCAACGCUGUACACAUUGCCACGGACGAGGGCCGUAUCUGCCGCCCCUACAUCAUUGUCAAGAAUGGCCAGCAGAAGCUGAAGCCUGAGCAUUUAAAGCUGUUGCACAUGGGCAAGGCCACGUUUGACGACUUUUUGACGCAUGGUAUCGUCGAAUACCUCGAUGUCAACGAAGAGAACGACGCCCUUAUCACGAUUUACGAAGAUCAGAUCACGCAAAGCACGACACAUCUGGAGAUCGAACCAUUCACGAUUCUUGGAGCUGUGGCCGGUCUCAUUCCCUUCCCUCACCACAACCAGUCCCCCCGUAACACAUAUCAAUGCGCCAUGGGUAAGCAAGCCAUUGGAGCGAUCGCAUAUAAUCAGUUCAACAGAAUUGAUACCCUCUUGUACACACUGGUGUAUCCACAGAGGCCAAUGGUCAUCAGCAAAACCAUCCAGCUCAUUCAUUACGAUAAGCUGCCCGCAGGUCAGAAUGCUACCGUCGUUGUCAUGUCAUACUCCGGAUACGAUAUUGAGGAUGCCCUGGUGCUGAACAAGGCGUCCAUCGACAGGGGCUUCGGCCGCUGCCAGGUGUUCCGCAAGUACACGGCCGAGCUGCAGAAAUACCCCAACGGCAGGAGAGAGGAGAUGACGCAUCCCGAGGACGAGAUGGACGGUGAUGUGCGGCGACGCGUGCCCAAGGACGAGAUUCUCGAUAACGACGGUCUCGCCACCGUCGGGUACCGGGUCAAGGCCGGCGAGGCAAUGGUCAAAAAGAGGACACCCCUCGACCAGACCACGACGGGUAUUGGCAUGGAUAGAGGGCCGAGCGAGUUCCGCGACUCGUCUGUAUCGUACCGCAUUCCCGAUCCGGCCUUUAUCGACAAGGUGAUGAUUUCACGAACAGAGAGGGAGACGACUGUCAUCAAGGUGCAGACACGCCAGACCCGUCGACCAGAACUGGGCGACAAGUUCUCCUCGCGCCACGGACAGAAAGGUGUGGUGGGUAUCAUUGUCGAGCAGGAGGACAUGCCAUUUGCGGAUAAUGGUCUAUGCCCGGACAUUAUCAUGAACCCCCACGGUUUCCCAUCGCGAAUGACGGUCGGGAAGCUGCUAGAGUGUCUCACAGGCAAAGCAUCCGUCCUGGACGGCCGCAAGGACUACGGUUUCGGGGACGCGUUCCGGUCUCAUCCAGUGGAGCAAGUCAGCCAGGUCAUGCUGGACCAUGGUUUCUCCUGGGAGGGCAAGGACUACUUCACCUCUGGUAUCACGGGUGAACCGCUGGAGGCCUACAUCUUCAACGGGCCCAUCUACUAUCAGCGCCUGAAGCACAUGGUGCAGGACAAGAUGCACUCGCGUUCCCGCGGUCCGCGCGCGAUCCUGACGCGUCAACCAACCGAAGGUCGUUCGCGUGACGGUGGUCUGCGUCUGGGAGAGAUGGAGCGUGACUGUCUCAUUGCGUACGGUGCCUCGCAGCUGCUGCUCGAGCGACUCAUGAUCAGCUCUGACGGCACGGAGAUUGACAUUUGCCAGCAGUGCGGACUGUUCGGAUACAAGGGCUACUGCCACACCUGCAAGAGCACAAAGGAGGUGACUAAGAUGAAGAUGCCGUAUGCGGCCAAACUACUCGUGCAGGAGCUGAUCAGUAUGAACGUCGGUGUACGACUACAGAUGGAAGACGAGUUUCCGCAUCCAAAGUAG